CUUCUCGCAAUAUAAUCUCACUCGAGAUACAAGCAGCAAGUUCAAUUUGCGAGGUUAGACGACGGCGGCGAUCGCCGGAGCAAGCACGAUGGCGAGCAAGGCGGCCGCCGCGCUCUCGUGCGCGUUGCUGGUCGUAGCAGCGGCUGGCUACUACACUCCUCCCAGCCCCGGCGCCUGCGGGCUCAAGGUGGGGUACUACCACGACAGGUGCCCGAAAGCCGAGGCCAUCGUCAAGCGCGUCGUCGGAGACGCCGUCCGCCGGAACCCCGGCGUCGGCGCCGGGCUCAUCCGCAUGCUCUUCCACGACUGCUUCGUCGAGGGCUGCGACGCCUCCGUCCUCCUGGACCCGACGCCGGCCAACCCGCAGCCGGAGAAGCUCGGCGCGCCGAACAACCCCAGCCUCCGCGGCUUCGAGGUCAUCGACGCCGCCAAGGCCGCGCUGGAGCGUGCCUGCCCGGGCGUCGUCUCCUGCGCGGACAUCGUCGCCUUCGCCGCCCGCGACGCGUCCUCCUCCCUCGGCGGCGGUCGCGGGGUCGACUUCGACAUGCCCGCCGGCCGCCUCGACGGGCGCGUCUCUGUCGCCUCCCGCACGCUCGACUUCCUCCCGCCGCCGACCUUCAACCUCUCCGAGCUCGUGGGCAGCUUCGCCGCCAAGGGCCUCGGCGUCGAGGACAUGGUCGUGCUCUCGGGCGCGCACACCGUCGGCCGCUCCCACUGCUCGUCCUUCGUCCCCGACCGCCUCGCCGCCCCCUCCGACAUCAGCCCGUCGCUCGCCGCGUCCCUGAGGGGCCAGUGCCCGGCGAGCCCGAGCUCCGGCAACGACCCCACCGUGGUGCAGGACGCCGUGACGCCGGACACGCUGGACAACCAGUACUACAAGAACGUGCUGGCGCGGCGGGUGCUCUUCACGUCCGACGCGGCGCUCCUCACGUCGCCGGCGACGGCGAGGAUGGUGUCGGACAACGCCAACAUCCCCGGGUGGUGGGAGGACAGGUUCAAGAAGGCCAUGGUGAAGAUGGCCAGCGUCGAGGUGAAGACCGGCCGUAACCAGGGCGAGGUCAGGAGGAACUGCCGGGCUGUCAACUAGCUCCUCUGAAUCUGAUCGUCAUCCACCCUUCUACGCAUGUAACAUGUUGUGAUUUGCAUCGCCAUUGUUUAGUUUCAUUUGUUACGAUGAACUUUUAAUAAUCUGUAACUGGGUAUCAUGAUUGGAGUUGACAAAGUUAAUAAAGUCGAUCGGUGUUUCAACUC